AUGACACGCGUGCUACUUUCCGGCGGAAGCGGCUUCAUCGCUGCCCACGUCCUGGACAUUCUGCUCGAACACGGACACUCCGUCGUCACCACCGUCCGCAGCCAAGACAAAGCCAACAAAAUCGCCGAAGCCCACCCCAACGUUGGUAAAGACAAGCUCGACUUCGCCAUCGUCGAAGACAUUGCCAUCGAAGGCGCUUUCGACGACGCCGUGAAGUCUGAUCCCCCUUUCGAAGCCGUAAUCCACACCGCCAGCCCCUUCCACUUCAACGUGACAGACAUCCAGAAGCAGCUGCUGGACCCUGCCGUGAUUGGCACUACGGGCAUCCUCAAGAGCAUCAAGAAACACGCGCCAGAGGUGAGGAGGGUGGUCAUCACGUCCUCGUUUGCGGCGAUUGUGAACCCGAGUAAGGGGCUGUGGCCGGGCCAUACAUACACCGAGGAGGAUUGGAGCCCGCUUACGCAGGAGGAGGCACUGGAGAGUCCCACGGCGGGGUAUAGGGCCAGCAAGACGUUUGCGGAGAAGGCGGCGUGGGAGUUUUUGGAGAAGGAGAAGCCGAACUUUACGAUUGCGACGAUAAACCCGCCUCUUGUGUUUGGGCCGAUCGUGCAUUACCUCAACUCUCUAGACUCCCUGAACACUUCUAACCAGCGCAUCCGCAAUUACAUGCAGGGCAAAGGCAAGGACGAGCCAGUGCCGACGGGUGUAUACCUCUGGGUGGAUGUCCGAGACGUAGCACUAGCACACGUCAAGGCGAUGGAGCUGCCAGAGGCGGCGAACAAGCGGUUCUUUGUGACCGCUGGCCAUUUCAGCAACAGGGAGAUCGUGGAGGCAAUCAGCAAGAACUUCUCUGAUAUUAAGGACGGGCUGCCAACUGAGUUCAAGAAGGGCGUCGACGAUUAUCCGGAGGAGGAAUUCUACAACUACGAUAACAGCAGAUCGAGGGAGGUGUUGGGAUUGAAGUUUAGGAGCAUUGAAGAGUGCGUAACGGAUACUGUCAGGUCGCUGCAGGCAGUGGGCGCAUAA